CCAAAAGUCAUUUCUCAAAAAUCAUUAAUAAGAAAUCUCAUAGGCCCAGUUAAUCCAAACUAUGUCUUUGGGUCUUUCAAUUAAAUUUUUUAUUAACAUAAGUAGUUAUACUAAGCAACAGUAAUCAACACGAAAAAAACCCCUCCUUAGCAAUCAAUUAUGGAUCCUACAGAGGUAAACGUCCCAGAUGUCAAGGACAUGAAUAUCGAUAACAUCACCCAAAACACCAUCCUCAUAAACUCCCAAUGCGAAAGCGAGCGAGUCAAAUAUCUCUUCGAGCGCCUCGUCACGCAUCUCCACGACUUUGCCCGCGAGACUAGGCUUAGUACACAAGAAUGGAAAGCCGCCCUCGACUUCCUCGUUACCGUCGGGCAGAUCAGCAGCGAUGACCGACAUGAAUUCAUCCUUCUCUCCGACAUCCUCGGCCUCUCUCUCCUCGUUGACGCAAUCGACCACCCUAAGCCCCCCUCCAGCACUGAAGGUUCCGUCCUCGGGCCAUUCCACAGCCAUAAAGCCGAGGUCGUCCCCUCCGGCAGCGACAUCUCGUCUGACCCCAAAGGCAGGCCCUGCCUUGUGCUCUGCACCAUCAAAGACCCGUCCGGGGCGCCGAUCGAGGGCGUCAAAAUCGACAUCUGGGAGACGGACAGCAGCGGGCACUACGAUGUACAGUAUGCGGAGCACGAUCGCCCCGAUGGGCGCUGUGUCAUGACGAGCGAUGAGGAAGGCAGAUUCUGGUUCAACGCGAUCGUGCCGGUCAGCUAUCCGAUUCCGCAUGAUGGGCCAGUAGGAAAGUUGCUCAAGCUCCUGAAAAGACAUCCGUGGAGGCCGGCGCACAUGCAUUUUAUGUUCGAAAAGGAGGGUUGGGAUCAUUUGAUUACGGCAUUAUAUAUCCACCCAGACCCCUAUCUCACAUCGGACGCCGUCUUCGGGGUGAAGGACUCCCUGAUCGAAAGUCUUGGAAGUGUCUCCGCGGAGCAGGCAAAGGCGUACGGAGUUCGAGAAGGCACGGCGCUGAUAUCGCGUGAUUUCGUACUGGUGUCGGACGACGAGACGCAGCGGUUGAGGGAUAGCAAUGCACUAGCGGCGAUGGCGGAUUUGUUUCCAGGUAAGAAGAUCAAGUUGCUUGAUCAUUUACCUGUGCCUGAUCUCGAUUGAGCCGUAUCAUCUUUGUCGGCGUUACGCUCAUAAACAUCCUAUCAAGAUAACUCUAAGCAACUGUCCAUAAUCAAUGUGAUAACUGCCCAUAUAUCAUCCGUAGAUCGAGCGCGUUGUCAUCC